CCUCUCAGUCUGUUCUACUCUUUCACCUCCUUCCCCUCCCCAUUCCCCCCUGCACACUCCAUUUUGCUGUAUUUUCGCUGCCUAUCUAUCAUUCCUUCAUCCCUCUUAGCUUGCUUAUUCUUCCAAAAAGAAGGAUUUUUGCCCAUGGAUCGAAUGGAGCACCAUGCAAGACCCCAAGAAACCAUUGGCAGUAGCAGCGGUAAUUACAACUGCAACGAUGGAACACCACCACCACCAGCAGCUCCGCCGGCAUCGUCACCAUCACCGGUUCCGCCACCUCUGAUUUCCAAACCCAAUCCGAAGCCUUGCGAUGCGAAUCCGUGCCCGACGACCUUCGUCCACGCCGACACCACCUCCUUCAAGCAAGUCGUCCAAAUGCUCACGGGCUCUGCCGAGACCGCCGCCGCUGCAGCCGCCGCGAACCCCACAGCCCCGAAAGUACCGGUGGCUCCGGCAGCCAAGGCUACCGGCCCCAAAAGGCCUGUUUUUAAGCUCUACGAGCGGCGGAACAGCCUCAAAAACCUCAAGAGUCUGAACCCUCUUAUUCCGACAUUCCUCAACUCCAGCACCAAUUCCCCUGUUGGCGCCGCCGGCUUCUCUCCCCGGAAGCAGCCGGAGAUCUUGUCGCCCAGCAUGCUGGACUUCCCUUCGCUCGUGCUUAGUCCGGUGACGCCUCUGAUCCCCGACCCUUUCAACCGGCCGCCGCACCCGAGUUCAGAGGCUGCUAAGUGGGCGGAAGACCGGGCGAUCGCCGGAAAGGGAUUCUACCUGCAUCCAUCGCCGCGGGCCACUGCCGAAACAGAGACACCACGGCUGCUGCCGUUGUUCCCGGUGACGUCUCCCAAGGUCUCUUCUGACUUGUCUCUAGCGACACCUCAAUCUUCUUCUUGAGAGAUGCCAACUCUAGGAUGAUGUUCCAUUUCUGUUCUUUCCUUGUAUGGUUUGGCCUUUCUUCUCUCUGCGCUGCAAGUUAACCAAGACAGAACGAUUGCCUCUUUUAAUUUCUCUUCCUCAUCUUUAGCUGAUGUAAUUGAGCGA